AUGGAAGACUAUCUGCAGCGUACCGCAUGUCUGAAAGAGACCUUACAUCUGAUACAGGAUAUCUACAAGCAAGAUCUGCUAAGCACCUCGUCUGGAUGCUUGGGUUGGGAGCAGAAGGAGCUUGGCUUUUUGAAGCCCUCAGUUAAGACACUCAGGCUGUUCGACAAAGAGAGGCACCAUUUAGACUCUUCCAAUAUUCUUUACCUUUCCGAGACUAUCGACUCACUCGAGUCUUCAGAGUCACGUAGGCACGCACGGUCAGAAGAACUGGCCUCGAAGCGCCGGACCGUGGAUCUAGCCAUACAAGCAUCAGAGACAAAUGUAGCACCAAAAUCCGACCAGUCUGCAACGGUAAGCACUUGGAAGUCCAACAGGCUGGAUAUGGUGACCCGAGAGCUCGAACGUGUCGAGACUCGGGAACAGGCCAUCAAGAGAUACCUCAUCAGAACGCAGAAUUUCUGCGACAUGAUAAAAGGAUACGCACACCGUCAGCCUCUAGUAAAUUGGAUACAGGAACAGGUCCCGCUUAUCAAGGCGGAGGUGGCAAGCGCCACGGCUUCCAUCGUAGUGGCACCCUCUUCUUCAAACGUCCCAGCCUCUGUGAAAGCUGAACAACAGGGUAUUAUGUCCAUGAGGUUGUCGCCGCAAACUACAGCCCACACAAAGAAGCGUGCUAGCCCAGGUGCGGAGGUGAAACUGCAGGUCUCUCGGAAAAGUCGCAAGGCCCGCGCGACUGCUAGUCGUGUCGAAUCUCUGGAGCAAGGCAGAGUGGGGGUAGAAGUUGUUAAUAAUACUCAGUCCACGAAGGCCAGGGGCACUAGUCCAGCCGUUGAACAAGCUGUUCAGCAACCUCGUCGUAGUGCGAGGCACGAGGAAGGCCGCGCCAGAGAGGACAUUUGCAAAGAAAGGUCCACCAAAGAGGGGCCCACCAAAGAUGGGUGCGGUAAAGAAGAUUUUGCCAAAGAAGAUAUCUUCGGAGGAUGGCCCUCAAAAUACACCGCCAAAGCGCACUACGAGAUUCUCCAAAAGAGACAAAAAACCGAAAAUCCGCAGCAGAAGAUAGUGAAACCUCAUGGAACCAUCAUAGUACUUCCAUAA